CGUCCUUUCAGGAAUUCAACCAUAGGAGCAGACGACGCUGUCUAUCUUCCUCUUCGUGUCCUUUUUUUGCUUCUCUUUGUGUCGAGCGCAUCUGCUUUCUUCUUACGCUCGUUCGAAAACGCCAUUACCAACACCGGCGGAAUUCACGACUUGACCACUCUGUCGCAGUUGCCUUAGUUCACUUCUCUUCUCGUGUCUUCACAACUACACUUCUUCCAUUUGAGAAAUGGGUUCGUCACUCUUUCAAUCUCCGUCUUUCCUCAACCUCCGCCUACAUUCUUCUCCCAUCUCCCUCCAUUUGAAAAAGAAUGUCGGCUUGCGUCUCUAGCCUCACAUGUUCCCUGGUUGCCUAAAUGCACCUUCAAAAAAUGGGUAUGAUGGGGUUUCGGAACACAGCCAGUCCAGGCGUGGACUCGAAGACUUUGGACGUCCCUGAUCGUCAAGAGAAAUCAACUUUUCACUUCACUUUGCCUACAAUUCAGAUUACUCCUUCCCAGACAACCAUGGCUGACCUGACUUCAAAUACAGCUGCCGUCUCCCCCAACGGUGUUCGGUCCUCUCCUUCCCCCAGCGUUCCCAAUGGAAAGCCUGCAUCCCCCUUCGUCAAGGAGAGCAACCCCAUGGGAGCCAAUGCUGCACAGACCGUCAGCUCCAAAGACCCCAAGGCUGCAGCUGCCGCUGCAAAUGAUAUGAGAAAUGUGGUCAGAAGAAAAUUGACUGGUUAUGUUGGUUUUGCGAACCUUCCCAACCAGUGGCACCGCAAGAGUGUCAGAAAGGGUUUCAACUUCAACGUCAUGGUUGUCGGUGAAUCUGGACUGGGAAAAUCUACAUUGAUCAACACGCUCUUCAACACUUCUCUCUAUCCACCACGCGAACGCAAAGGCCCAAGCUUGGAUAUUAUCCCAAAGACUGUAUCCAUCCAGUCUAUCAGUGCCGACAUUGAAGAGAACGGAGUUCGACUGAGGUUGACCGUGGUCGACACACCCGGCUUUGGCGACUUUGUCAACAACGACGACUCUUGGAGGCCAAUUGUGGAAAACAUUGAGCAGAGAUACGAUGCAUACCUCGAGGCCGAGAACAAGGUCAACCGGAUGAACAUUGUUGACAACAGAGUCCACGCCUGUGUCUACUUCAUUCAGCCCACUGGCCACUCUUUGAAACCCCUGGACAUUGAAGUCAUGCGCCGCCUGCAUACCAAGGUCAACCUGAUUCCCGUCAUUGCCAAAGCCGAUACCCUGACCGAUGAAGAGGUGGCACUGUUCAAGCAGAGAAUCCUAGCCGACAUCUCCCACCACUCGAUCCAGAUCUUCGAAGGUCCCAGAUAUGAACUGGACGACGAAGAGACCAUUGCCGAGAAUCAAGAGAUCAUGUCCAAGGUUCCGUUCGCUGUUGUCGGUGCCAACUACGAAGUGACCAACCCUGAAGGUCGUAAAGUACGAGGCCGCCGUUACCCUUGGGGUAUUAUCGAGGUGGAUAAUGAGGAUCACUGCGAUUUUGUCAAGCUUCGACAAAUGCUGAUCCGAACGCACAUGGAAGAACUCAAGGAACAUACCAACAAUGUCUUGUACGAGAACUACAGAUCCGACAAGCUCAUCCAGAUGGGAGUCUCACAAGACCCCAGUGUCUUCAAGGAGGUCAACCCUGCAGUGAAGCAAGAGGAAGAGCGGACCUUGCACGAGCAGAAGCUUGCCAAGAUGGAGGCAGAGAUGAAGAUGGUCUUCCAACAAAAGGUGCAAGAAAAGGAAAGCAAGCUGCAGCAGAGCGAGGAAGAGCUGUUUGCUCGUCACCGCGAGAUGAAGGAACAGCUGGAGAGACAGCGCGCAGAGCUCGAGGAGAAGAAGACUCGCAUCGAACAAGGUCGACCUAUUGAGAAGGAGGGCAAGAGGAAGGGCUUCUCACUCCGUUAGAUGAUGACAGGCCGCUUUUCGCCGAUGUUUGGCCUGACCUUACUUUUCUACCAUUUGCACUUCAGCUCAGCGACGAGACGACGAUGGCGAUACCUUGUUUUCUAACACCACUUUCAUUUUUAUUUUCUUGCACGUUUUGUUGGUAUUGUCUGAAAGCCAGUGACAGACCGGGGCUGUUACAGUCGCUACGUUUAAUCACAUACAUGGAUGCCUCGAAUGGAGGACGACGGUCGAAGGGGAGAAUCCUUGGCUUGUGCGUAAUGCAACAAAUCUGGUCUGGUCUGAUCAGGUCCGGUUUCAGCACAUCCAAGUCAGCUAGGUAGUUAUGGUAAAUGGAAGGGCUUAGGAUCUUCAUUCACAGCCAUCAUGUAUAUUUCCUUGACCAUAUGGUAGUAUUCAGAGUUGUCGGGUAGGAGGGGUUAGGAGCAUGCUUUGAUAAGAAAUAAAAAGUUGGCAUCUUUCCACUCCGAAGGUAUUUGCCGAAUAGUGU